CCACCCAAAAACAAGGACCGUGGACCUGCAAGCAAGGAGGACACCCAGACGGACUUCAAUGCUAUGAACAUUCUGUCAAGCAUGCCAGUGCCUACUACUGCCAUCGAUGCAUGCAUGGAUGACGGAUUCGCAUUGAACAGUGGUCUCAAAGUGACCGGGACCGGUGUCCUAUUGGUGGGCGGCGAAGCGUUCAGAUGGAGACCCUGGGCGAGAGCAGGCAGGAAGGAGGGUACGAUUGGCUCUGGGGGCUUAGGAGAUGAUGAUCACGGCAUUCCGAGUGUGGGUGGAUCGUUGAGGAACAAGAAGGGCCAGUUCGAUGUUGAUCAGCAAGCUUGGGGUGUGUUGGAGCUCGCCUGGCCGAAACCGGACCUUCUCAUCUUGGGUACUGGACCGAACAUUAUGCCCAUGAGCCCGGAGACGCGGCGGCGUGUCAAUGAAUUGGGCGUCAGGGUUGAGGUGCAGGAUACGAGGAAUGCAGCAGCGCAAUUCAACCUGCUGGCCACUGAGCGUGGUGUACAACAAAUUGCAGCGGCACUGAUACCUAUUGGAUGGAAGGAAGGAAGAUGA